CCAUGUCUUUUUGUAAAAUUUGACUUAAUAAAAAACUGGUUAUUUUCUGUGUAAGAUCCGACAUGAAAAAUCUCUCAAAAUGAAGAAAACUCUUUCCCAAAUUGAAAUUAUUUUAAAGUCUCGUGCAAUCUACACAUAUUUUUGUACUUUUUUUUAACACUUGACCAAACCAGUUAGUUCCCGCUCUAUCCAUAAUCGAUAGUCAGCGAUAGUCGCCAUGGAUCAGGAUCACUUGAAGAAUGCAAAAAACGCAACCCGUAGGAUUGGUCGGCUGCGAUCGCUGGGAAUCGUUACGGCAGGAGCAGCGGCUUUGGUGGCGGGAAUUGCGGCUUACAAAAAGCAGGACCAGUUGGUCCGCACGUUCGUAAUGCCUGCGGUGCGCCUCCUUCCUGCGGAAACCAGUCACCAGCUGGCCGUGCUGGCCUGCAAGUACCGCGUGUGUCCGGUGUCCCAGUACGAGGAUGAGCAGAAUCUGCACACCCCUUUCUUUGGGCGGAUGCUGAGCAAUCCCAUUGGCAUUGCUGCCGGAUUCGACAAAAACGCGGAGGCGGUGGGCGGCCUGCAGGAUCUAGGAUUUGGCUUUAUAGAAGUGGGUACUGUCACCCCGGUCGCCCAGGAGGGCAAUCCCAAGCCGAGGGUCUUCCGGCUGGCGGAGGAGAAGGCCAUCAUCAACAGGUACGGGUUUAACAGCGAGGGACACCAGGCUGUGCUCCAAAGGCUUCGCUUGCUCCGCAGCAAGGAGGACUUCAACGGUGUGGUUGGCGUCAAUCUGGGCCGGAACAAGAGCACCAUGAGCCCGAUUGCGGAUUACGUGCAGGGUGUGCGCGUUUUCGGUCCUGUAGCGGAUUACCUGGUCAUAAACGUAAGCAGUCCAAACACAAAAGGCCUGCGGGAUAUGCAGACCAAGGAUAAGCUAAGGGAACUCCUGGAAGAGGUGAACGACACCCGAUCCUCACUGGACAAAAACAAGAAUGUGCCCAUCUUCCUGAAACUCUCGCCGGAUCUGUCGCUGGACGACAUGAAAGACAUUGUUUGGGUGAUCAAGCGCAAGAAGAGCCGCGUGGAUGGUCUGAUUGUGUCCAACACGACGGUGUCGCGGGAUCAGAUUGAAUCAAGCAAGCUGGCCGAGGAAGCAGGCGGCUUGAGUGGGCCCCCACUAAAGUCUCUCUCCACGGUGAUGAUUGCCCAGAUGUAUCAACUCACCGAUGGCAAGGUACCCAUCAUUGGCGUCGGCGGCAUAGCCACUGGAAGCGAUGCCUACGAGAAGAUCGAGGCCGGUGCCUCCUACGUCCAGGUCUACACCGCUUUGGUUUACGAGGGUCCCGCUCUCGUGGAGAACAUCAAGGCGGAGCUGUCGGCGUUGAUAACCCAGCAGGGAUACACCAAUGUGGCGGACGUGGUGGGCACCAACUGCAAGUUCUACCUGGCCAAGAAAUAAGACAACAAUAACCGAGCUCUGAGCAAAUUCCUCUUCAUUCGCUGCAUUUGUGUACAACUAAGCUGUUUCACUGCCAUCUUUCCUGGUCUCUUUUUGGUAUAACUAGUAAAUCAGUCGAAUUAUCCAUAGUG